GUGGCAUCAUGCACUUCACGCAAAAUGACUGCAUUGGGUUCUUCACGUUACAUGGAACGCCAAAUUUCCUUUUUGGCAAUUUUAAGCAACAUUCCAUCUCAAAAUCCUGAUUUCUUUAACUGGAACAAAGUCAGGGUACGAUAUUGUGAUGGUGCAUCUUAUUCUGGAAAUGUUAAAAGUGACAUUCAGAAUGGAACAAAGCUAUUCUUUAGAGGGCAGCGUAUUUGGGAAGCAAUCAUGGAUGAACUCUUAAUGAAAGGACUUGCAAAUGCUAAACAGGCCUUUCUUACAGGGUGCUCUGCUGGUGGUCUAGCUACUCUCAUACAUUGUGAAGAUUUUCGCGCACUUCUGCCUGAGGAGGUCACUGUUAAAUGUCUUGCAGAUGCCGGCUUUUUUCUUGAUGAGAUGGAUAUUUCUAGGAGAAGGUUCAUCCGGUCUUUCUAUGAUGAUGUUGUCCGUCUUCAGGAUGUAGGAAAGAAAUUCAGGAUUGCCUCUCAAGGAUGGAACCAUCUCAGGCAGCGUUUCUUUGCACGUGAGAUUAUUAAGAACAUAAACACCCCACUCUUUAUUCUCAACCCAGCUUAUGACGUUUGGCAGAUACAGCACAUUUUGGCACCAGAGUCAUCUGAUAAUCAACAAUCAUGGCUAAGAUGUAAGCUGAACAUUCACAAUUGUGAUUCCAACCAGAUUGAAUCCCUUCAAGGAUUCAGGACUGCCCUGCUUAAUGGCUUGAGUGAUUUUCAGCAUAACAAGAAUGGGGGCAUAUUUAUAAAUUCUUGCUUUGUACACUGUCAGACAAUGAACGGUAUCACAUGGCGCUCUCCAAAUUCCCCAAAAAUUAACAAUAAGACAAUUGCAGAAGCAGUGGGAGACUGGUACUUUAAUAGAAGGGAAGUGAAGGAAAUUGAUUGUGCAUAUCCGUGCAAUCCCACAUGUAUCAAUUUGAAUCUUAUGCAUCCUUUCAAGAUGUAAGUUUGGGGGUCAAGCUGGAUAAUGUUUUCCUAAAAUGUCUUCCACUGGCUCCUCCAUCUAGUUGUUUGAUUUCGCCGAGGGAUGGCAGGGCAUGAUGUGCCAUUAAAUUACCUUUUUUUCUUAUGCAUUUCAUGGGGCUCGGAGUCAUCCCCCAUAGUUCAUGGAUAGGCUGUGUUAUGCCAUGUAUGCUACUGAUAAAGGCUAUGUGUUAUUGUUCUUUCUUGUUUAAUAAAUUGUGUGGGCCUUGGCGUCUACUGGAGUGACAUUUGGUGAGUGCUUGAGGAGAAAUUGGUGUAUAUGAUGGAUGCUAAACUCUGCUCAUCAUUUUGGAAUUCUCAGAAAGCCUUUGUAA